AUGUACGGAAUACUGUUAGAAAAUUUAGUGUCCUUCAUUAAAGAAGUUUACGGAGAAGACAAAUGGCAUGAAAUCCGACGUCAAGCUGGCAUCGAUGCCCCAGCAUUCAGUGUUCAUCAAGUUUAUCCGGAAAACUUACUGAACACGUUGGCUAAAAGAGCUCAACAGGUUUUAGGUUUGACCGAACGUGAGUUUAUGACCGCAAUGGGUGUUCAGUUUGUGAGUUUUGUGAGCCAAUAUGGAUAUGACAAAGUAUUAUCGGUUCUCGGAAGACAUAUGAGGGAUUUUUUGAAUGGUUUGGAUAAUUUGCACGAGUACUUGAAAUUUUCAUACCCCAAAAUGCAAGCACCAAGUUUUAUAUGUGAGAAUGAAACAAGGCAAGGUUUAACCUUGCAUUACAGAAGCAAACGGAGAGGUUUCGUGUAUUACACGAUGGGUCAAAUUAGAGAGGUGGCACGUCAUUUUUAUCACAAGGAAAUGGAAAUAAUAUUAGUACGAGAAGAAAUGCUAAUGGAUACGGUGCAUGUAACGUUUCAAUUAUCUUUCGACAAUCGAGCAUUUACACUGGCGUCAUUAGCAAUGACCCGCGAAGAAAAACAUCUACCAAUUAGUGCUGCAGUACUCUUUGAAAUUUUUCCAUUUUGUAUAGUUUUCGGUGCAGACAUGAUCAUAAGGAGUAUAGGCAAUUCUUUGAUGGUGAUUCUACCAAAUCUACUAGGAAAAAAAAUUACGUCAAGAUUUGAAUUAGUUCGACCUUUAAUCUCUUUUAAAUUUCAAACGAUUUUGAACCGGACAAAUAAUAUUUUUGAAUUAGUAACUCACGAGCCAGUUCAAGAGCAACCGGGUGAUACAAGAAUUGCAGAGUUUAAAAAUGAAGAAAGCGAUUUAAUGGAGGACAAAACUUUGAGACUGAAAGGACAAAUGAUUUACAUGGAAAAUUGGAGGAUGAUGAUGUACCUUGGCACUCCUGUAAUGCCAGAUUUAACUGCUUUGAUAUCCACUGGACUAUAUAUAAAUGAUCUCUCUAUGCAUGAUUUUAGCCGAGACUUAAUGUUGGCCGGAACUCAGCAAUCAGUCGAGCUGAAAUUGGCAUUGGAUCAGGAGCAACAAAAAAGUAAAAAACUUGAAGAAUCAAUGAGAAAGCUAGAUGAAGAAAUGCGCCGUACAGAUGAAUUGCUAUAUCAAAUGAUACCAAAACAAGUUGCAGAUCGACUAAGAACAGGGGAAAAUCCUAUUGAUACAUGUGAGAUGUUCGAUAGUGUGUCCAUAUUAUUUUCCGACGUAGUUACUUUUACUGAAAUUUGUAGCAGAAUAACGCCUAUGGAAGUGGUUUCCAUGUUAAAUGCAAUGUAUUCAAUAUUUGAUACAUUGACAGAAAAAAAUAAUGUUUAUAAAGUAGAAACAAUAGGAGACGCAUACAUGGUGGUAUCAGGUGCUCCGGAAAAGCAGGACAACCAUGCCGAAAAAGUUUGCAACAUGGCUUUGGACAUGGUUGAAGCAAUUACAGAUCUAAAAGAUCCUUCCACGGGAUCUCACUUGCAAAUACGCGUCGGCAUUCACUCGGGAGCAGUAGUUGCUGGUAUAGUCGGGCUGAAAAUGCCAAGGUAUUGUUUAUUCGGAGAUUCAGUAAAUACAGCGAGUAGAAUGGAAUCUACUAGUGUCGCUAUGAAAAUUCAUAUAUCACAAUCUACUAGGGUUUUAAUACCCCCAAAUUAUAAAGUUACCGAGCGAGGCGAUAUCACCGUCAAAGGAAAAGGAUCAAUGAAAACAUAUUGGUUAGAUAAGAAUGAAUUAAGAAAACCUCUAGGAAAUAUAAUGAUACAAGCGACACAGACAAGUACAAACACAAAUAUUUCACAAGACCAAGAAUAUCGGAUUGAUGAUCAUGUAACUGAGAAUUACCGAACGGAUUCAGGCCAUAGCAGAGGUAGUGAUUGCAGAAGUGUAUAUUCACCAGUAACAUUUCAAGAUGUAGAUUAUGUAAUUAAUUCACCAAACAGACGAGAUUCAAAUAAUUGUUGUCCAAGUGACAUAUUUGGUUCUUUAGUAUUUAAUUCACACGACAUAUCGGAUGUAAGUAGUGAUACUGUUUCUUGCCCUUCCACGCCGCCUGACCACAUUUUCCGCUUAUCAACUGCACCGGCGCACACCAUAAAUCACCAGUACACAUUGGAUGAAGACAUAUUAUAUUUAGGGUUACGUUCACCGCCUCCCACUGCUCCUGCGAUAAUGGACAAAGACGUCCGGCAAUCCGGCUCUCAUUCCAAAAUCGCCAUGGACACUAGAAAGCUUAAUGUACCACAGAAGAUGACGUAUUGCAAUUACAAAACUGCCAGAGCAAUCGAACAACGGAAAAGGUAG